AUGUUGAACUUCAAUUCAGAAGGCUUUCGGAGGAAAACAAAAAAAAUAAGGCAGAAAAAAAGAAAAUUUACAGCUGAUUGUUAUGAUGUGGAAAGUGAAACACAAGUGGAAGAAGAGGGUGAAGCGCCUAAUCCUGUACAGCCUCCGGCUCCUGCAACAAUGGGAGACAAAGGAAAGAGAAGAGCGAUUGCUGCUACUCCAAUUGGAAGUUAUUUUAAGGAAAGGACUACGCCAGGCUCUCAACCAACUUUGAAAAGUGUCUUGGCCAGUAAACAAGUUGUGCACAAGGUUAAACAGGGGCUUGCAAGAUGGAUCAUUGAUGCACAGAUUCCAUUCAAUGCAAUUCAAUUGCCUUACUUUCAUCCUGCCUUGGACGGCGUUGCUGCAAUUGGACCUGGUUUCAAGGGACCGUCAUAUGAUGAAAUGAGAGUUCAUUUGCUGGCCGUUCUUAAGAAUGAGUGUCAGUUGCUUGUUGAAGGUUAUAGGAGCUCGUGGAAAAGGACUGGUUGUAUACUAAUGGCAGAUGGCUGGACUGAUCAAAGGCAGCGUACGUUAAUUAAUUUUCUAGUUUAUUGUCCUACUGGUAUGUCAUUUGUUAAGUCUGUUGAUGCUUCUGAUAUGAUAAAAACUGCCGAUACCAUGUUUAAAUUGUUUGCUGUGGUUAUUGAGUGGGUUGGGUCUAGUAACGUUGUGCAAGUGGUUACUGAUAAUGCUGCGAAUUAUGUAUCUGCUGAAAAACUCAUUCAUGAAAAGUAUCCAAACUUUUUUUGGUCUCCUUGUGCUGCUCAUUGCAUCAAUCUUAUCUUGAAAGACAUAGCAAGUCUUCCUCACAUAGCUGACCUUGCCUCUCGUGCUUCAAAAGUGACUGUUAUAUAUGAUCAUAAAGAAGACUUGCAAUCAUUGGUGGUGGACAAAUAUUUCACUUCUCACAAAUUAUCCAAGAGUGUCAAUGGGAAGAUAGUUAGUUCAAUUAUCUUGGAUAGUAAGUUUUGGGAGGAUUGUUUUACUACUGUUAUGCUUGUUGGUCCUCUUAUUAAGUUAUUGAGGCUUGUUGAUGCUGAUGAGAAACCUUCUCUGGGUAUCGUGUAUGAGGGCAUGCAAAGAGCCAAAAUUUCUAUCAAGACAAUGUUUAAAAAUAGGAAAUCUGCAUACACGCCUUAUACAAGUAUCUUGAAAAUGCGGUGGGAUAGGCAUUUGAAGCGUGACCUAUAUGCAGCAGCAUACUUUUUGAAUCCACAUUUCUUCUAUAGUGAGGGGUUUGUUGAGAAGGCAAAUAUCUUGAGGUCUUUACUUGAUUUAUUUGAUAUUGAAACUCUUUGCGAUGACUCAGUUGCCGCAAUGCAAGAGAUACAGUUGUAUCGAGAUCGAAAAGGAAGUUUUGGAAGGAAAAGUGCAUUGAAAGCAAUUAAGAGACUUGAACCUGGCGAAUGGUGGAGGCUACACGGUGGGAGUGCUCCUAACUUGCAAAAAAUGGCAAUUCGUCUUCUUCAUCAAACAUCUUCAUCAUCCAGCCAUGAGAGGAACUGGAGCCUCUUUGAACAAAUCCAUUCAAAGAGGAGGAACCGAUUAGAGCAUCAAAGGCUAAGUGACAUUGUUUAUGUCACUUAUAAUCUACGCCUUCAAUCUAGAAUGAAUCGCAAGAAGAAGAAUUAUGAUCCAAUUGACAUUCAAAGCAUUGACACAGUAGAUUUUUGGGUAAUGCCGGAUGAAGAUGAUCCUGAAUUUACUAAUGGAGACAUCGAAGGCAUUGAAAAUUUAAUUUAUACGGAUAAUGCUAUGCCUUCAUAUCCUAAAGAUGGAGGAGACGUGGAACUUGAUGUGGAUUUGCCUAAUGUUGCUGAUUCUUCAAAUACAGCUUCUUUUGGUGAUACUUCUGAUGAUGGUGGCUUUGGAUUACCUAUUUAUGAUGGAGAUAUUGGAACACUUAAUGAUAAUUAUGAUUUUUGUUAUAAACUUUUAUGUUUGAAGUUGUUUGUGAACCUCUAA